AAACGGAUUAUAUUUAUAGACAAUGGUCAUGCAAAGGAGUGUUACAUUGGUGCUAUAAAAAGGGAAAACUGGACAAUGUCAGAUCAUAAUGAACACUAUUUGCAUGAUCGGGAGCGGGAAAAAAUCUAACGAAUUCAAGAGGUCUCGAUAAAACCGAACUUUAAGAACUGAACCUCGGGAAUCUAUUGUCAAUCUAAAUCACAAUGGCAUGCUCGACAUUGAGUAACCCAAAGAUUCAAAGAAGAUGUAACGUGGGUGUGAAUAUACUUGGAGGCUCUAUUGGGCACGGCAAUAAUAUCGUGGUCUGUUGUUCGAACCAUAUCUACACGUACGAUGCCGAUUCGCUCAACAGGCGAUGUACUAGCGCGGCCGGGGGGUCAUACUACGAUGUCUGCCGAAUCAACUGCAACCAAUACGCUGCGACUGAUUCCAGAAACAAAUGCAUCGCCAUCUUUGAUGAACACCUCUGUCGUGUAAAAUCCAUUGGGCAUUUUCAAUAUCCCCAUGGGAUAUGUGCGACAUCAGACGGCCAACUUCUGGUGACCGAUAAAGUAGCCAAGUGCGUCUAUCUCGUCGACAGCAGUAACGGAUCCAUAUGUGCUACUAUUGGACAAGGCCAAUUCCGCCAUCCGGAACAUGUCGCCGUAAACAGUAACAACGUCGUCUUUGUCACUGAUUACGAAGCCAACGUUGUGAAGGCGUUCAAUAUGCAGGGUUGCCAGCUAUUCAGUAUCAGCACGGCUGGCAAUUGUGGUGGAAGCCAGCUAUGUAAGCCACGCGGGGUCACCAUCGAUAAAUGCGACAAUAUUAUCAUCACUGACUUCGGAAACAACCGAGUCAUCAUUUUUGCGCACUGUGGGAAAUUCCUCCAGUUUCUCACGACGCCAUCCGACCAAGUAAAUGGCCCCAAAGCAGUGCUGACGGACUAUCGCAACAAUGCCGUCAUUGGGAGGAACACGGAGUUAGUCACCGUUGACUACUUAAAGUAGAUACAGACUGUAUACACCUGCCAAUAGAUGGACGUAUUGGAAUGAAGCAACAAUAUAUCCCGCAUCAUGACCACCUUACCCAAAACAACAGCCUGCUCACAAAUCGAUGGACAUUUUUUGUGCAAAACGCAUAAUCAGUAAUUUUAAACUAGGAAUCAAGAGAUAUUGUACCCCCCCCCACCUUAUGAUAUACAAACAUUAUAUCUCAACUGUGUUGAGAGUAAGAAGAGGCAGACUACAUGUACAUGUAGGUGCAAAACUGUAUAUUAAAACAAGAUAGAAAAUAACACAAUGCGACAUUUUCUUACAAACGAGGAUCUAGCCACUCACCUCGUGUUAUUAGCGUUAAAUGCUGGUACCAAAAUGAUUUGAUUUCAUUUUUUCAAAUGUCUACGUUUUAUAUAUUUUAGUCAUAACAUCAACUAUGCAUGCUUUUCUAUGUUAUUAUAGGGUUUAUUUGUACUUAUGCCCUUGGGCAAACCGUACA